AUGCCUGCGCCGGCCCCCUUGUUUGUUUGCCUCAAGUGGGGAGUCUUGCUUAUUACUUCCCUCAGGGCCACAGCGAGCAGUAAAACACUAUGCCUUUACUCUGCUGAACAUAUGAUAUUUGGAGUGGAAGGAACUGAUCCGGUUAGGAGAGAAAAGUUGAUUGAGCUGCUUGAUAUAGAUCUCAAGUGGCGAAUGCAUAAAGUAUCUGAUGGGCAGCGACGCCGAGUGCAAAUCUGCAUGGGACUUCUUCAUCCUUUCAAGGUUCUCUUGCUUGAUGAGGUAACAGUCGACUUGGAUGUUGUUCCUAGGAUGGACUUAUUAGAUUUCUUCAAGGAAGAAUGUGAGCAGGUAUGGCUUUGUAUCAUUGAUCUCUUUUUGUUAAAGUUAUAACACAUAUAC